AUCUCUGACUUUGAGGCUCUAGUUUUUCAGCGUAAAGCUUUAUGAGUUUCACUCCAAGCUUUAUGAGUUUCACUCCAAGCCUUCAAGGUUUAAGAGUUCAAGAAUCUUGCUAGAAGAGAACAGGGUUUUGAUUGCUUUUUAAACGAGUAUUGAUAGUUUUAAAGCAUUUUGGAGAUUUGGGUGUUGAUUUUUAUAUAUGGGUUGGUUCUGUUCUGGAAAUUCAUGGUUGUUGAUGGGUGGAUGGUGAUCAUUGCAAAAUGGGCAUGGUUGGUUGGCGAGUUUAUGUCUAUUAGGUGGAAAUUGAUUCUGAUUGCAAGUUUAUUCGAUGGAAAUCAACCACAUUACAUUCCUUUUUCUAUGACUGGUCUUUGUUUGUUGUAUGGAUUUGUCAGACUGCAAAAGAGAGGUGGAAUUAUUGAAAUUUGCUAAAGAAGGUGUUUUAAAUGCUGUGAGGAACUUCUUUGAGCAUAAUUUUGUAUUUAUCUUCCAUUCAGUCAGAUUGGGUUAUCACUGUAGCUGGUUCAAAUCCAGGUCCUUGGUGAGCAUAUGAGAAUGUGAUCUCAAUAUUUUUAAACCAUUAAAAUCCAUAACCAACCAAUAAGGAAAUCCCCAUCACAUACAUUUCACAUUGAGGAUCGAUUAGGAUAGUCAUCAAGGCUUCUUUGAAUCUCUUUGAUCAUUGUUUUGAGCACAUAUUUUUCAUUAGUGAUUAUAUGGAAUAACAGGUAGCAAGUUGAUUCAUGUGGCAAUGGAUGCUUUGGAAUUUAUUUCUUCAGCAACACAGAUAGUGUCAAGUAUGGUAGGGGCUAUUAGUGCAUUAAAACAAGCCUCUUGGGAUCUUGAUGAAGCUCCAAAGCGAAUCAAAAGCCUAGAGGAGUUUGUGUGCGAUCUUGAGAAUUUGACACGCAGAAUAAAGCAAAAGCAUGUCUACAAGCUUCAUAACCCUCAAUUGUAUCACCAACUUCAAAGCUUAAAUGCCCUGGUCCAACGGCUUCAUCCAAAUAUCACAAAGGCAAGAGGGAUUGUGUCAAGCAGUAAGCGGAAGAGCCUGGCUAAGAUAGUACAGAAUUCUGUAGCUGGGGACCCACUUGGGAAACUAGCAAGCGCAAUCAGGGGUGACUUAAACUGGUGGCUUGAAUCUCAAAGAUUGAUGCAAGAUGCUGAGAAGGUAAUAGAAUCCACUGCACAACACAUCCCAGCUCGAUUAAAAAUAAAUACUGAACAUGAGUACCCAAUAUCUAGUAAAUGUAAUCUAACAAGGAAUUUACUAGAACAAGAGGGUUCUCAUCGGGUCAUUCUGAUUGUUGGGUUAUCUGGUAUUGGGAAGUCAUGUAUGGCCCGUCAAGUGGGUUCUGAUCCACCUGCUGAAUUUGUGGAUGGCGCAGUUCAACUUGGCUUUGGACAAUGGUGUAGUAGGGCUGCCUGUAACGGAAACAGGGCUGAAUAUCAGAAGCGUUUAGCAAGAAAAUUUUGUAAAUUUUUGGUGCAGAUUGGAUUUUGGAAUAAGAUUGAGGAUGAGAACACUGGAGAUCUUGAAUAUAUAUGUUGCUUGCUUCAAGAAGCCUUGUGUGGGAAGAGCAUUUUGAUCCUUCUUGAUGAUGUAUGGGAGCAGGACAUUGUGGAGCGAUUUGCAAAGCUGUAUGAUAAUGAUUGCAAGUACUUAGUGACAACAAGAAAUGAAGCUGUCUAUGAAAUUACAGAAGCUGAGAAAGUAGAAUUAGGCAAAGAUGACACAAUGGAAAUGAGCAAGGCAAUCCUUCUGUACCAUAGCCUCCUUAGUGAGGAGGAGUUGCCGAGUGUAGCAGAAAGCUUGCUUGAGCGCUGUGGCCACCACCCUCUUACAGUUGCUGUCAUGGGUAAGGCUCUUAGGAAAGAAAUAAGAGCUGAGAAAUGGGAGAAGGCCAUCACAAAUUUAUCCACCUUUGCCACAUGUGCACCUGGUCCUGUCUCAUAUGUAAAUGAGAAAGAAGCUGAGAACACAUUAACCAUUUUUGGGUCAUUUGAGUUCAGUCUAGAAGCAAUGCCUGGAGACUCAAGAAAGCUCUUCAUAGCUCUUGCUGCUCUUUCAUGGGCAGAACCUGUACCUGAAGCUUGUUUGGAGGCCAUUUGGUCGGUUCUUGGGCAGGAGAUGAUGUUUCCUCUCAUAGUCUGUAAGCUUGUUGAAGGCUCCCUGCUGAUGAAAACUGAUACAGAUCCCUUGUAUCAAGUGCAUGACAUGGUUUCACUAUACCUUGACAGCAAGACAAAUGAUUCAGUUGUGUUUCUUGUAAAAGAAUCUAGUGAUGAAAACAAAGCAUUGAUUUGCCCUUGGCUUUUUAUUUUUGGGAAAGAGAGUGUCAAAAGAAUUUCCGAGCAAAAGAUAGAGACAUUCCUCAGUGUUUUCGAAGAAAAGCAGGCUGUCACCACCAUAGAAGCAAUUAUCAAGGCGCUAAUGGCUAGCAAAACCAUCUCCGAUUUUGAAGCUAGCAGAGCAACCUUUGUUGGCAUAUUGGGACCUAGAAUUGAAGGCCUGAUAUCGUCCGGUUCACAGGGUCUUGUUGCAGUGUCUGCAGAAGCUAUCACAAAUAUAUUCAAUAGAAGUGACUAUUGCAAUUACUUUCCAUCAUUUGAAAGUACUGAUGCAGUUGAGAAGCUGUCAAUGAUACUAGAAAACUGUGAGGACCCCAAGAUCCAAACUAACAUUUCAAUUGUCCUUGCAAAGCUUGCAGAAUUUGGAAGUUCCGAGACAGUCAAUAAGGUGCUUCAGAGUAUUCACUUUAACCAACUGGCUGAUUUGCUCUCUCCAGAUGCCGAGGAAUGGCAUGAGAGCAUGUUCACAAUAUUGAUGUCGUUGACCAUAGCUGGAAAGUCAAAAGCUGUUGAGAGAAUGAUUGCUUGUGAAAUUGAUAAAAAUCUAAUUAAACUUCUUGAGAAUGGAACUGAAGUAGUGCAACACCAUGCCAUUGUAACAUUGAAGGCAUUUUAUGAGCUAGGAGGCUGUCCUACAAAUGGCUCUCUUCAGCCCGCUAAUCUGAACCUUUUGCCAUGGCAAGUGAGGCUUUGUUUAGAAAGAUUUGUUUUGUCAGACCAGAAUGUUACCCUUUCAACAAAGCCACAAACUUUAGAAGAUCUCAUCCACAUGGUACUUGACAGCAAUUACAAGCAGGUAACGGAAGCAAUGCAAGAGCUCAUACCAAUUGUUGAGAAAGCAGGGAACCCCAAAAUCAGUGACAUGAUUUUAAACAGCCCCCUCAUCAAAAGGCUUUCUGAACUUUUGCAAAGUGGAAACUCACAACAGAGCUCAAUGAAAUCUGAAUCUGCCUUUUUAUUAAUGAAACUAGCAUGCGCUGGUGGAGAACCUUGCAUUAAGAAAUAUCUAGAGUAUGAUAUUAUUCCUGAGCUAGUCAAGAUGAUGCAGUGCACCAUUGUGCAGCAUCAGGAUGCAGCCUAUACAGCUCUACACCAGAUGCUGUUUGGCAGUGGUGGGGUCCUGGUUUUAAAGAAUAUCUUUCAGAUGGGUCUUAUAGAGAAGAUGGCUCACUCAAUUGAAAGCAAAUCAAUGAAAACGCGGGAAAUCAACGUGCACUGUCUUUUAGAUAUUGUUGAGUUGGGAAACAAAAAAUGCUUGGAGCGGAUGUUUUCUUUGCAAGUAGUGGAGAAGCUUGCAAAGUUAGAAAAACUGAGUGGGGGUUCUGGUGAAACUAUGGUUGGAUUUCUCAAGGGAAUUGAUAAGUGCAAACAUCUUUCGCAAGCAGAGCGUAAGGUUAUGAAGCAACAAGUGGUUAGAAAAGUGAGGGUUGCCAUGAAAGGCCAUAAAUUUGAAGCCCGAAUUUUAGCAGCUUUAGAUGCUUGUGCAUCUGAAGGACCAAUAAGAGGAGCCAGUAGUAGUGGUAGUGGUAGAAAGUAGAAACAAAAACUUGUAGAUUCUAGUCAGACUAAAGAGGAAAGAUAUACUAUGAGCCUGCUUCUUUGGCUCAAGGCCCUUUGCUUAUUACAAUACAUUGAUGAAUACACAUGAAUUA